UACGGUACGGUAGGAUAAAAGUGGACCCCCAGAACCCGAUUGUGCUGCUGCUGCUGCUCCUGCCGCCCCGCCGUCACCGUCAGGGAUGCUGAAAUCUAUUUAAGACCGCGCGGCCACCGGGAAAUGACUCAGUUCAACGUUCCAUUUCGCCCGUGAAUGAUCGCGUUGCUAUCCUCGUCAUGCGCGUGUGUGUAAAUUGUGUGUGUGGAAAAUUUAAAUUUACACGCUAAGGAUACAGCAGGCUUAUCGGUUAAAGCAGGCUUAAUCCAACCAAGCUCGAUCGAUCAGGCCCAACAAAAACCUCUAAUGAUCAACGGUGAUCGGUGGGCGUUCGGUCGGUGGUGGUAUCGUGCCGGGCCUGCUUCGAUCCGGUGUGACCAAACCGUUGCCCUGGACAGAUAAUGAACCUCUCGCAGUGUUGAUGGUGCUGUUGGUGGGCUAGAAAAUCAUUUUAAACAAAUAAUAAUUGUGAAACCAAAUUGUAACCUCGUGUGUGCGUGUGUGUGUGCAUUGCAAAACUUCCAGCAGCGAACGGAUAGCAAUAAGGAUAUCAGUUUGUUUCUCCCAUCACAACGUUAUUAUUAGCAGACAAGUGACAUGCUGGUGCAGUGUGCGAUAGGUGGACUGCUACUGAUGGUGGCACAAUGCGUUCGGGAAAUCAAUGGCGAAUAUCAAACCAGCCUCACGUUCAACGACAUCCUGCCGGAGGACCCGAAGCUGUACGACAAGAUGCGCCCGCCGAAGAAGGAGGGCCAGCCGACGAUCGUGUUCUUCCACGUCACCGUCAUGGGGCUGGACUCGAUCGAUGAAAACUCGAUGACGUACGCGGCGGACAUCUUUUUCGCCCAGACGUGGAAGGACCACCGGUUGCGGCUGCCGGAAAACAUGACGUCCGAGUACCGGCUGCUCGAGGUGGACUGGCUGAAGAACAUGUGGCGGCCGGACUCGUUCUUCAAGAAUGCCAAAUCCGUCACCUUCCAGACGAUGACCAUCCCGAACCACUACAUGUGGCUGUACAAGGACAAAACGAUCCUGUACAUGGUGAAGCUGACGCUGAAGCUGUCCUGCGCGAUGAACUUCCUGAUCUACCCGCACGACACGCAGGAGUGCAAGCUGCAGAUGGAAAGCCUUUCCCACACGACCGACGAUUUGGUGUUCCAGUGGGAUUUGGAGGUGCCGCUGGUGGUGGAUGCGCACAUCGAGCUGCCCCAGCUGGCGCUGGUCAAGAACUAUACGGCCGACUGCACCCAGGUGUACUCGACCGGGAACUUCACCUGUCUGGAGGUGGUGUUUGUGUUGAAGCGACGCCUCGGCUACUAUCUGUUCCACACCUACAUUCCGACCUGUCUGAUCGUCAUCAUGUCGUGGGUUUCGUUCUGGAUCAAACCGGAAGCAGCGCCGGCCCGGGUUACGCUCGGCGUCACGUCCCUGCUAACCCUCAGCACGCAGCACGCCAAAUCGCAGGCAUCGCUGCCGCCCGUCUCCUACCUGAAGGCGGUCGACGCGUUCAUGUCCGUCUGUACCGUGUUCGUGUUUAUGGCGCUGAUGGAGUACUGUCUGGUGAACAUUGUGCUGGGCGAUUCGGAUCCACCGUCGCCGCCGAAACCGCACCCGCCCAAGAUGGACAAGUUUUUCGACUUUACCGCGAAAAACGGCAAGCGCAACAGCAAAUCGCACGAGCAUCCGCACGACAUACCGAUCACCACGUUCCAGCGGCAGGAAAGCACGCUGCUGCUGUCGCCCGUACCGCACAUCCAGACGAUACCGCCACCGCCGUGCAAGCCGGCCUCGGCCAUACCGAAGCUGACGCCCGCCCAGAUGCGGCUCAAGCGGGCGAUCAACAUCGAUCGGUUUUCGCGCGUCUUUUUCCCCUUUCUCUUCACGCUGCUGAACGUCACGUACUGGAUCAUGUUUUACGAGUAUAUUAUCUCGGAUGAUGAGGACGACACGCAUCCCAACAUUGACACACCGUCGCUCUUCCGCUGGCGGCAUCAGGCCCGCGUCGAGCGGAUGCAGGAGCAGGAGAAAAAGAAGGAAACGGUAGAGAAGAAGAAGCAAACGACGGCGGAAAAGCUGAAGGAGGCGAAGGAUAAGCUGCAGCGGCAGGAGGGCAAUCUGGACGAGCUGAAGAAAAUCAUCGACGAGCUGGAGAAGGAGCAGGAGCGCGUGCGGCAGGAGGAGGAAGAGCUGCGCAAGAAGGAAAAGUCGCAACCGUGGAACGUGGACACGAUCAGCAAGCCGGGCUUCGCCAAGACGGUCAUCAACAAGAGUGCAAUCAAUCGCCGGGAGGAGGAGCUGACCGAGGAGCAGAAGGAGAUGAAUCUGCGCGAUUUUAUCAAAAAGUACGAGAAGCAGAUGAAGGAGUUCGGCAUGCUGCGGAAGUACGACGAUUCGAAGAAGUACCUGCAGGACAAGCACCACCUGGUGUGUGAGGACAUGCCCAACUAUCUGGUCAUCUGGUGCAUCGAGCUGGAGAUGCAGGAGAAGCACGAGCUGAUGGCGCACGUGGCCCACCAGUGCAUCUGCAUGCAGUACAUCCUGGACAUUGCGAAGCAGCUGGAGGUGGACCCGCGGGCCUGCGUCGCGUCCUUCUUCCAGCGCAUCCAGGAGGCGGAGAACGAGUACAAGAACCAGUUCCUCAGCGAGAUCGAAGCGUUCAAGGAGCGCAUCCGCAAGCGGGCCCAGGAGAAGCUGCAGAAGCUGAUCGAGGAGCAGGAGGAGGAGGAGCGCAAGGCCCGGCUCGGACCGGGCGGGCUGGACCCGGUCGAGGUGUUCGAAUCGCUGCCCGAGGAGCUGCAGAAGUGCUUCGAGACGCGCGACAUCGGCAUGCUGCAGGAAGCGAUGGCCAAACUACCGCCGGAGGAAGCCCGCGUACAUCUGCAGCGCUGCAUCGACUCGGGCUUGUGGGUGCCGGAUGCAAAGAGUGCCGCUGCGGCGACGUCUGGGAGUGGGGUGGUCGCGGCUGAGGGUGGAGAUGAUGCAGAGGAGGAGCCGGUGUACGUGGAGGCGAAGCCCAAGAGUGAAGAUGCGCAAGCGGAAGGUGAUAGUAAGGAGCAGGAGAGUCUGCGAACUCCCCAAAACACAUUCCCUUGCAAGACGUCAUCCCUACCGGGGGUAAGCUGGAAUUUGGACUGGACACUGUUGAGUCACAGCAUGAGUCUCUACUUCAACGCGGACACGAUGCGCAUCGAGAGGAGUUCGGUGCACGAGCCAAAGCGCAACCGGAACGUGUUUCUCGACGUAAAACCCAUCGCGGAUGACGCGAACGUGAACGUGCCACCACGGCAGGCCGCCAGACGGAACGCGACCGUGUUUAACAAUCGCGUUGGCUUUCCACCGCUGACACCGAAGGAGGCGUUUGUGGAUGCGGUCCCUGCGGAUCAAACGUGUAUGGUGUUUGAGAGCUCCAAACCGAUCUACCUGGUGCUGCGUGCCGUCGGUGUGCUGCCGUACACGCGGCUCCCGUCGGGCGGAACCGCUUUUGUCCUUGCCUCCCCGUCGAUGACGUACUGUGUGCUGUUUUUCCUGCUGCUCACCGUGUACAUUGCCUUCAUCCUGCUCAAUCGCAUCGAGAUCGUGCGCACGCUCGAGGGUCGCUUCGAGGAGUCCGUCAUUGCGUACCUGUUCAUCGUGAACAUUCUGCCGAUCCUGAUCAUACCGCUGAUGUGGUACGAAUCGCGCAAGGUCGUGUCGGUCGUGAAUGGGUGGGUCGAUUUCGAAACCGUCUACCGGGAAACGUCGGGCCGGGCGCUGGAGUUGCGCCUGCGCACCAAAGCGCAGGUCAUAGCGAUCCUGCUGCCGAUCCUGUGCUCCUUCUCGGUCGCCAUCACGCACGUGACGAUGGUGGACUUCAAGCUGCUGCAGGUCAUCCCGUACUGUGUGCUCGACACGAUCACCUACAUGAUGGGCGGGUACUGGUAUAUGGCCUGUGAGACGCUCAGCAUUACCGCGAAAAUACUGGCGGAAGACUUUCAGCGCGCGCUGCGGCAUGUCGGCCCGGCGGCGAAGGUGUCCGAGUAUCGGUCGCUAUGGUUGCGGCUGAGCAAGCUGGCACGGGAUACGGGCUUUUCCACCUGCUACACGUUCACGUUCAUCUGUCUGUAUCUGUUCUUCAUCAUAACGCUUUCGAUCUAUGGGCUGAUGUCGCAAAUUUCGGACGGCUUCGGCGUGAAGGACAUCGGGCUGGCGGUGACCGCCUUCUGUAGCGUGGGGCUGCUGUUCUACAUCUGCGACGAGGCGCACUACGCGUCGUUCAAUGUGCGCACCAACUUCCAGAAGAAGCUGCUGAUGGUGGAGCUGAGCUGGAUGAACACGGACGCGCAGACGGAGAUUAAUAUGUUUCUGCGUGCGACCGAGAUGAAUCCUUCCAGCAUCAAUCUUGGCGGGUUUUUCGACGUUAAUCGCACGCUGUUUAAGUCGCUGCUUGCCACGAUGGUUACGUAUCUGGUGGUGUUGCUACAGUUCCAGAUCAGUAUUCCCGAUGAGCCCAGCGCCAUGCUGAUGCACAGUAAUUCGUCUCAUUCUUAG